GAAGUUUCAUGACAACUUCCCUCGUCAACCGCCCCCGCGUACUUGACGCGCGUACGGGGGCCAAGUACACCACGAUAUAUUCAUUGUCUUUUGUUGAAAAUUAUAUAUCAUUUCGUACCUAAAUUCCGUACCAUGGAAUGGCAAAAAUGGUGACUUUUUGCCUUUUAGGGCUAUAAAUAUGCCGAUUAGCUAGCAUUCAGUAACCUGCCGUAUUCAUCAACAUUGAAGGCCGCAACCACAAAAUUACUCGAACAGCAAGCAUAUAUAUCAUGUCGUGUACGUUCUGCUAAUUCAUGUGUUAACCUUUAUGGUGACUUUUUCAUCAUGUCUCCCCUCAACACCGACGAUUUACAACAGAUUUUUGAAAAGCUUGACAAGAAUGGAGAUGGGCUCGUGAGCCUGGAGGAACUCAACUGGCUUCUCGAGAAAAUUGGCGUCAAAUUCAGCGUAGAGGAGCUCCAACCACUCUUGGGAAAACCAAGCCUCGACUUCAACGAGUUCCUGUUCUUUUACGAUUCCAUAUCAUCGGAGAAAGACAAUAACAUUAGCAGCAGUAGCGAAGUCCUGGUGGCCGACCAAGAGUCCAAUAAAGAAAGCGACCUUGUCAAGGCAUUCGAAGUGUUCGAUUUAAACGGCGACGGCUUCAUUUCCUGCGAGGAGCUGCAGAACGUGUUGUCACGGCUGGGGCUGUGGGACGAGAGCAGCGGCCGAGAUUGCAGGGCUAUGAUUCGUGUUUACGACACCAACUUGGACGGCCAACUUGACUUCGAGGAAUUCAAGAACAUGAUGUUUCUUACUAUUUGAUCAUUGAUCAUUUCUUCGUGUACUAGUACUACUAUAUAUUCAUCGUACGCCUGUUGUUCUUCUUAAUUUACGACAUUGUAUAUACGGGAAAAUCUUCUUAUUA